CAACACUGCAGAGCAGCAACAGCAACCGGUGUUUUUCCAGUCUUCCAGAUUUCUCCACAGUUGCUCAAUCAAUUGUUUUUAAUUUAACCCAAAAGCAUCAAUAUGAUCAAGAACGUUGUCUCCUUGGUGACUGGUGGAGCCUCCGGCCUGGGCCGUGCCACAGCCGAGCGACUGGCGAGGCAGGGAGCGAGUGUUGUGCUCGCCGAUCUGCCGUCGUCGAAGGGCAACGAAGUGGCCAAGGAACUGGGCGACAAUGUGGUGUUUGUGCCCGUGGAUGUGACCUCCGAGAAGGAUGUGAGUGCUGCCAUCCAGACGGCCAAGGAUAAGUUUGGUCGCCUCGACCUCACGGUCAACUGUGCCGGCACAGCAACUGCUGUGAAGACGUACAACUUCAAUAAGAACGUGGCCCACAAACUGGAGGAUUUCCAGCGCGUGAUCAACAUUAAUACCGUGGGCACGUUCAAUGUGAUUCGCCUGUCGGCGGGUCUGAUGGGUACCAAUGCACCCAACCAGGAUGGUCAACGUGGUGUCAUCGUGAACACCGCUUCGGUUGCCGCCUACGAUGGUCAGAUCGGACAGGCCGCCUAUGCGGCAUCCAAGGCAGCCGUUGUGGGCAUGACCCUGCCCAUUGCCCGGGACCUGAGCACGCAGGGAAUCCGCAUCUGCACCAUUGCUCCUGGUUUGUUCAACACACCCAUGUUGGCUGCCCUGCCCGAGAAGGUGCGCGGCUUUCUGGCCAAGUCGAUACCCUUCCCCCAGCGCCUGGGCGAGCCCAGUGAGUACGCCCAUCUGGUGCAGGCCAUCUAUGAGAACCCACUGCUCAACGGCGAGAUCAUCCGCCUGGACGGUGCCCUGCGUAUGAUGCCCUAAACAGGAUCAAAACUCACUCAGAUCAGUUUGCAUUUAAUGAAGUCGCUGUGUGUUAAUUGAUCUUGUUGGCUUCAAUUUGGUUUUUUUCUUGUAGUAUAUAAGUUAAUUGUCUUUGUUCUUGCAUUAAAUGUGAAUAAAUUUGAACAAAAUUCUAUAAAAUUAA